CCUCCUCCUCCUCCUGCUCCUCCUCCUUCACUCUUCAGCCGCGGAGGAUCUGGACGGUCUGACUCUGUGUUCAGGUCUUGGUUUCGCUCCGGUCUCUGGUGAUGCCUCCAGACUGGAGCUGCUCCGGGACGCAACCGAACCCGACAGGUGCUCCUCUCACGCACGAGCGAAGAGCUUGUGGGAGCUGGCUGGGCGCAAAGAUGAAGGGAAACUGAUUCCUGUGUUGCAGAUUUAAGUUAAGAUUCGAUUUUUCUUUUUCCUUUUCCUACUUUCUGGACCGAUUAUCAGAAGAUGGAUCGAUCGUUUUGGAAAGCGCGUGAGUCUGAUCUCACGGGUUAGACAGAACCCGCACGAUGCUGCUCCCUUUCUCGAGGUUGCUGUGUUUGUGGCUGUGCGGCGAGGCCGCGGCGAGUCGGCUCCACUGGCACCAAACAAACACGACUUUCAGUCCUCAUCAUGAGUCCGCGCAGAGCCGGAGAUGGCGUACAGUCACCGGGGAGGACAGUGGAGGCACGCGCGGUGCGGGCGCGCGGUCCUCGUGGCUGGAUUCUGUAGACCCGGCAUCCUCUGUGCGUAAAAGCGACGCGUCAAACGGAGCGCGGCGCACCCGGCAGCUGCUGUCCGGAGACGAAGCUUUACGCGCGGAUGUAAACAAGGCCGGGAGCGGUGGAUGCCGCCCGGGAGGCGCGCUCCAACAAACCCCGCGUGGACGCACGUGUAGCCUCGGGAGGAGCGGACGCGGCCGGCGGCAGAGGCGCAGGAGGACGCGGAGGAGCGAGCCGCCGCAGGACGGAGCCGCCGUAGCGCAGGAGCAAGAGGCCGGACCCCCCUUCGGACUCAACAACGCCAGCGACUACGAGGAGGAGUACCCGCUGCCGGACUCGCCCGACGCCACGCCGCUCGCGCCGGUGAACCCGCGGACCAGGCGGAAGCGGCUGAGGAACCCGUUCUACCCGGUCACCGCGGAGUCGGUCGGCGCGUACGCGGUCGCGAUCGCCGCCGCGGUCAUCUUCGGCGUGGGCGUCAUCGGGAACGUGUCCGUCAUGUGCAUCGUGUGUCACAACUACUACAUGAGGAGCAUCUCCAACUCGCUGCUGGCCAACCUCGCGCUCUGGGACUUCGUCGUCGUCUUCUUCUGCCUGCCGCUCGUGGUGUUCCGCGAGCUCACCGAGGACUGGCUGCUCGGGGACUUCUCGUGCAGGAUCAUCCCGUACCUGGAGGUGGCGUCGCUCGGGGUCACGACCUUCACGCUUUGCGCCCUGUGCAUCGACCGCUUCCGCGCCGCCACCAACGUGCAGCUCUACUACGAGAUGAUCGAGAACUGGGCGUCGACCGCGGCCAAGCUCGCCGUCAUCUGGGUGGGCGCUCUGCUGCUGGCGCUGCCCGAGCUGCUGAUCCGCCAGCUGGUCACCGAGGACGGCGAGCCGCCGGGCGCGGCGCCGUGCGAGCGCUGCGUGGUCCGGAUCUCCACCGAGCUCCCGGACACGCUGUACGUGCUGGGACUCACCUACGACGGCGCGCGGCUCUGGUGGUACUUCGGCUGCUACUUCUGCCUGCCGACGCUGUUCACCAUCUGCAGCUCGCUGGUCACCGCGCGCAAGAUCCGGCACGCCGAGCGGGCCUGCGUCCGCGGCGGCAAGAAGCAGAUCCAGCUGGAGAGCCAGAUGAACUGCGCCGUGGUGUCGCUGGCCAUCCUCUACGGCUUCUGCAUCAUCCCGGAGAACAUCUGCAACAUCGUGGGCGCCUACAUGGCGGCCGGCGUUCCCCGGAGGACCCUGGACAUCCUGCAGCUGGUCAGCCAGAUGCUGCUCUUCUGCAAGUCGGCGGUGACGCCGGUGCUGCUGUUCUGCCUGUGCCAGCCGUUCACCAGAGCGCUGCUGGACUGCUGCUGCUGCUGCUGCGCCGAGUGCAGCCCGCCGCGCCGCGCAGCCGGCGCCGAUGCCGACGCCGAAGACGACGAGUGCGCCGCCACCGAGCUGGAGCUGUCGCCCUUCAGCACCAUCCGCGUCCAGGAGGCGUCCACCUCCUACGCCAGCGCGGGGACACACUGUUGAGGUCAAAAGAGGUCACAGAUCAGCCGCGUCGGGGGCGGAGCUUCUCGUGGCCGUUUGAUUGGCUGUCGAUUGCUGAGGUUUUUUUAACGGUUGGACACGUGUUUACUGGCGGACUCAGUUCGUCCUUCUCACCGUUUACAGAGUUCACAUGUGAACGAACACUCAGGCGGUUUUAGCUUAAUAGCAUUUAUGAGUUUAGUUAUUUUCAAUUACUUUUUGUUUAUUGUGACUGUAUUUUACAGAAGCUAGGAGACUCGUGAGGUCACAUGGAGAAAAAGAAAAAAAAAGAUCAUUAAAUUGGGUAAUGCUAUAUUUCAGGUGUCCGUAAUUUCAUUAAAAAAUGUCUUGGGGGAAAAAAGCUUUCAGUUCCAGUUUAGUUUGUUUAAAACAGUUGUAAAAUGUCCUGUAAAUUGCUGCUCUAUUUAAAUACAAAAUACACUGUUAUUAUUUCUUUUUAUCAAAAAUAUUAUCCUCCAUAUAUUAACAUUAAUAUCCUUUCCUUUAGUCAAUUUUGCAUGUUCAGUUAACGUGUUGCUAAGUGCUAAGCUAAUUGAUUUCAGAAAAUGACAUCACUUUAAAACCAGGAAAAGAAGAGACUUCUCUCAUAUUACAAUGUCCAAAAUCCAAGUCGACAUCUAGUCUCACGUCACGAUAUCGAUAUAAUAUCUAUAUCGAUAUAUUGUCCAGCUUACAUGUAGCAAUCGAUCACUGUCUCCGUUCUCUGGUUCUUUUUAGAGGACAUUUUAAGGACUUUACGGACCGCUGAAAUACAGUUAAAACCCGUAAAUCGUCUCGAGAUAAAGGACAUAAAGAAAACCUGCAGUUUGGUUCUUUUGUGUCUAGUUUUCUCCCCGUAAGCGAGUCAGAGAGUAUAUUGAAAAAUGGCCGUUGAUGCUGUUGUCGCUCUUUACUCGGUGUGUCGUGUGACCGAGUCACUGUUGUUGUUUGUUGUUGUUGUUUUUAGCCAUGUGAAAGUGUCACUUUAUUUAGACAGCAAGUAGAUAUUUGUUGUAAUAAAUCGUGGCGUUGCGUUUAGAGACGCUCGAUGAGGAACAGAAACCGAAACCACUUUAAAUUUGAAGCAAAUUUUAAAUAAAAUGUGUGAAACAGGCUGAAUGCUAAA